AUGCCUGGAAACCGUAGGACUCGCAACGGCCGUCGAGGAAACGACCCCAAGAAUGCCAGCCAACAGCGCCAAUCUGCAGGAUCCCGAGAUGGCACGCCGCACGCCAAUUCGUCGCAACAGUCUAGAAAGGGCGCAGGCGCAAAGUCAGGAUCGAAUGCCAGUGUGAGCCGGUCGACGGACAACAACGGCCAGAAUGGCUCAGCGGCAGCGGGCCAACCUACUGGCAACAUAGUACCCUCGAGCGAAGAGCAAUAUACUCCCACCGCAGGCUUCAACUAUGACGCAGUGGACGCGGCUCUCAAGCAAGGAUAUGAUCUCCGAGCGCCACUGUACAAGCCAGAGCCUAAUGUGGCGCAAACCACGAAACCAGAGACACCUUGGGGUUUGAAGCCUGGCGCUAUGGCCAAUGGGAAGGAUUUCUGGCUCGAUCUGCGCAAACAGGUGGCUGCGCUGCAACAGAGCGGAGGCACAAGCCAGGGAGGUUGA